CCAGCUAGUAAACAACAUACACAUAUAUUUUACUUAAUUAUUAUUAUUAUUUAAAAACAUAAGCCAAGUUAAAUGGCUGAGCGGUAUGAUAGGGCGGUGACCAUAUACUCACCCGAUGGCCAUCUUCUGCAAGUGGAAUAUGCCCAGGAGGCCGUUCGCAGGGGAUCCACUGUGGUGGGUCUGCGCACCAACAACGCCAUAGUGCUCGGCGUGGAGAAGAGGUCCGUGGGCGAAUUGCAGGAGGAGCGAAUGGUGCGCAAGAUUUGCAUGCUCGACGACCACGUGGCGUUGACUUUUUCGGGGCUCACGGCGGAUGCACGGAUCCUGGUAAGCCGCGCCCAAAUGGAGUCCCAGAGUCACCGCCUGAAUUUCGAGAAGCCAGUGACCGUGGAAUACAUAACACGCUACAUAGCGCAGCUGAAGCAGAACUACACGCAGAGCAAUGGAAGGCGUCCUUUCGGAUUGUCCUGUUUGGUUGGCGGCUUCGACGAGGACGGCACUCCGCACCUGUUCCAAACGGAGCCCUCGGGCAUCUACUACGAAUGGAGGGCCAAUACCACUGGUCGCUCCAGUCAGCCCGUUCGCGACUAUAUGGAGAAGCAUGCAGAGGAGAUUCUGGCCUCCGCCGACGAGCCCACGGCCAUCAAGCACAUAGUCCGCACCCUGGUCGGUGUAUCCUCGCUGACGGCCAGCCAAAUGGAUGUGGCCAUCCUAAAGUUCCGGCAGCCACUGCGUAUGAUUGAUCGCAAAGUGCUGGUCGAUCUGGUGCGCACCGUGCGCUCGGAACUGGAGGCCGAGGCGGAGGCCACUAGGCUCAAACGCGUUCCCUAAUUCUGGACAUGGCCUCUGGGCGGAUUCCUCGCACUUUCAUGACCAAUCAAAAGUUGAUAACCAGUGCGUCGCCUCUUUUCUUUUUUUUUUCCUCCUCAUCUGGACGAUUCAAUUUCGGCCUGGGAGUUGGGGAAAAGUAAUCAGCCCGAAAAAUGUGUAAAGGGCGGCCAAAUCACUUAAUUUGUCUCGAGGGCGUAUUUGUUUACUUUAUAUCUCAGGCGAGAUGGAGCGUCUGCUCUUUUCAGGCCAACCAAGUUAAAAAGUUUUAAGUGAAAAUGGGAAUUGAAUUUGUAGUACAAAAAAUAAGACGAACGAGCGCACAC